AUGCCACUUAUAAAUCCAUCAGACCCUAAAGAAGUACACGAGCAAAGCCUAUAGGAAGAAGUAGUUUAAGGCUAAAAGAAUGUAGGAUUUGGAUUUUGGAUUAAAUAUCAACCAUUUAUUGAUAUGACAGAUUUGAGUAUAUAUCAUAAUAUACUACAAUAGCCGAUAGGACUUCCUAAAUAGUUACAUCUACUAAUGGUUAAAUUAUUAUUCAGGGAGGAUAGUUUAUAUAUUCUAUGGAAUAAAGUGUCAAUAAGUUUAAAAUGGUAGUUGUUUCAAUUAAAAUUGAUACAAUUACUUAAACUAUAUAGCAUAAUAUAUUUUAUUCUUUUAAAUCAUCCAUAAAUACUCUAUCUUUUACAUUUGAUAGUACAAUUUAUGAAGGUUUAUGGGUGAUGUUUUAUGCAUAUUAUGAUUAGAUUUUAGGAAAAUCUACAUUCGGAUAUUAUAAUACUUUAGAAAACAUACCAUCAUAAACUAUAAAUGAUAUACCUCCUUUUGUAGUUCUUAUAAAACAUAACAUAGGUGGGUUUUAUCAAUAUACAAAUUAAGAUGGAGCAAUUGUUGUAUUAAAUUAAUUUACUGGUUUCAUGUCUACUACUUUUACAACUAAUGAAGAAAAUAUGUUUUCAAAUCUUGCAUCUUGUGACAAUAUUCUUGAAUAUGAUACUUGUUAUGAUUCUUCAUACACUGUAAGUGAAAAAAAUCAAGCAAUGAAUGGUAUAGAUAUUAUUAGAAUGUCAACAUAUUCAAUUAGAGAUUCUAGGUAUGUAUUGAAAGGAUGGCUUAUACUUGAAUAACUAAGCUAAGCAGAAUUAAAAACUGUGAUAUUUAGAAUAACAAUUAAUAAAGAUUAUAGUGAUGAUAUGUAUAUUGGAGAUAGGGAAGUUCUUCUUUAAUAUUUUUAAAGUAGUUUACCCUUUAGAAAUGGUUUUGAAAUUUCAACAUAUUCUUAUACAUUCCCAGCAAAAGGAAGAUAUAAGACAUAAGAAGAUCACAAAAUUACAAAAUUUGAAGAAUAAUUUUCAGAAUUAUUUAUAAAAUGGCAUUAUUUUUAAUAUGAACUUGGAACUUAAAAUAAUAAUGGAAAACCUAUGCUCUCUUUAUAUUUUCCUACAAUUUAAUAACUUCAACAAUAUAAAUGGUCUCUUCCUGUUAAACAUUUUACAGGAGUUGUAUAUUAUGUAUCUUUAGGAGGAGAUGAUUAUUCACAAAGAAUUAUGAAAGGAUAUGUGAGUGAUGUCGUAAUAGAAAUAUUCUGUUAACCAGUUGAAGCAUUAUUAAUUCCAACAUGUCAUUAUACUUGUUUAACAUGUGAUGGUCCAACAUAAUAUAAUUGUUUAAGUUGUCCUGAUAAUAGUUUUAGAUAACUUUAAGAAACUGAAAAGACUUGUUUUUGUUAAUAGAGAUUUGUUGAUUAAGAUGGUUAAUAAGAAUGUAAAUCAAUUUAUUAGGCAUUUCCUCAUAUUACUAAAAUUGAAGUUGAAUUGAAAUGUUCAAAACCAGGAUAUAGUAAUUGUGUUAAUUAAAAUAUUGAAUGUAAUUUUGGAUAUUUUUAAUUUGAAUAAAAUUGUAUUUAAUGGUAUUAUAUUUGCCUAUUUUAGUCCAAAUUAUUUUGAUAUUUUUACUAGAACAACAUUAACAUGCUUUGAUUGUAUAAUUGAACCAUAGAAAUUUGCAAAAACACUUAAAUGUACUCAAGAUGCAUAAACUUAUCAUUCUCAAACUGAAUAUACAUUUACAAUUUCUAAAAGAAAUAUUAAUGAUGUUAGUUAUUUUGAAAUUACAAAGGAUGGAAAUGAAAACUAUACUAUUAAGUUAUGUAAAGGAUUUAUAGGGAAAGAUACUUGUAAAGAAGGAUAUUUUUAUGAAAAUAAUUAAUGCAAAUAAUGUUUAGAUGGUUGUAAAACUUGUAUUUCUAAUUAUAGAUGUAAUGAAUGUUUACCAGGUUUUUAUUCUGACUAUGAAAAAUUAUGUCAUAAAUGCCUUAAUUGUAAAACUUGUUUAUUAAAUAAUGGAAUUGUGUGGUGUAAUACUUGUUAUGGAACAUAAGAAUUAUAAUUUGGUAAAUGUAUAUCAUGUGGUAUUAAUUGUAAGAGUUGUAAUUCUAAUGGAUAUUGCAACUAUUGUAAUGGAUCACCAUCUUAAUAUUAUAUAUCUUUUGAUGGUAAAAAUUGUGAACAAUGUAAUAUUGAAAAUUGUAUUUAUUGUUUUUAAUAUAUAAUAAAUGGAGGAAUAUAUAUUUCUACUUUAGAUAUUUAAUUUAAUAUAAUAAAUUUUGAUGAUAGAUAAGUGCUUUUGGGUUGUGCUUUAUGUAAAUAAAACUAUUAUUUUAAUUAAAAUACUUAAAAAUGUGAAUUAAAACCAGUUAAUGAAGAUUGUGAUUUUGCAUUAAUUUUAAAUGAUUCAACUUAAAAAUGUAUAAUUAGUUCAAAUAAUAAUGAUGCUGUCUAAUAUAUUGAUUGUCCAACUCUCUCAUUAUGUAAAUAAUGCAUUAAAAAUUAUAUUGAAAGUGAUAGUUUUUGUAUUUUAUGUGAAGAUGGCUAUUAUUCUGGUGUUUUGACAGGCUAAUGUUAGUAAUGUAUACAUACCUGUAAAACUUGUAUUCAAUAAAAUAAGUAAUAUCGUGAUUUCUGGAAAUGGUAAAUUAAAGCUUUCUAUCGAUUCUUUCUUAAUUCUAAUAAUGAUCAUUCUUUUGAAACCUAUGCUUCCACUAAUGCAGAAGCUGAUCUAGAAUUAAUAUGUACUUCAUGUUAAAUAGGAUAUGUUUUGCAUUAAAAUACAUGCAUCAAGGAUUGUGAUGAAAACUGUAAAAAAUGUGAAAUUAUAAAUGAAAAAUCUAUUUGUGUUUAAUGUUAUGAAACUUCAUCAGGGUUUCUUAAAAGCUUAAAUGCUUAAGGUUCAUGUUUAACAUGUCCCUCUAAUUGUUUAGCUUGUUUAGAAAGAUCUUUAGAAGAUAUUUAUGAUAUAAAUCCUUAUUUUAUAUUAACUAAUUCAAAUGUCUAAUUUACUCGAAAAUGCUAUGAGAAGUCAAAUAAGAUUAAUUUAUAAGAAAAUUAUUUUUAUGAUUACUUCACUUAGAUAAUAUCAAUUUGCAACUAAAAUAUUUAAUGUUAUAAUAAAAUUUAAAUUUAAUAGAAUAUCUUUUGUGAUGAGGAUGAUUAUUUUAAUAAAGAAAGAGAAUCAAAUGAUGAAUUUUUUCUAUAAAAGAAUAUUAAGAUUAAUCAAUUUUUAGAUGAUACUUACUUUGGUUCAUUUGAAACAUCUUCUCUUUAUUAAUAUUUAAAUGAGAUAUCAGUUAGAUAUGUUGAAUAUUAAUUUACAUUUAUUUAAGGAAAUCAACCUAAUUGUCAGUUUAAAGAUGAACUUAAAAUUUAUUCAACCUUAUAAUAAAAUGUAUUUGCUAUAUAACAAGUUGAUUUAAUAUUAAUUGGAUAAAGUAAUCCAACCUAAAUAUAAGUUCCUAUUGAAUUUAAAAUUAGUAAUUAUACUACAGUUACUUUUCAAAAUAUCAAGUUUAACUUUGCAAAAAAUCAAGAUAUAUUAAACACUAAUUCUAUACUAUCUUUGUUUAAUAUGAAAUCAAAAUUAAAUUUAAAAUUGAUAAACUGUGGUUUUAUUACUUAGAAUGAAACUGAUUAAAAUUAUUCUUUUACAAUCAAUUCAAAUAUUCCUUAUUCAUUAUAUAUAUAAGAUUUAAUUAUUUCUAACUUUUACAUUUACCAUUCUGAUAUUUUCACAUUAAAAGCUCAAUAAAACAUUAUAUAGAAUACUAUUGAAAUACAUAAUGUUAUUAUAAAAGACUCUUAUUUUUUCAAUUCAACUUUCAUAAAAUAUUUAGCUCAACUGAAUGACUUAUCUUUAAAUUCAGCAAUUAGUGAAAUUUAAAUUAAAGAUACUAAAUUUAUAAAAUCAAAUUUUAUUUAUAGCAGCAGUUUAUUAAAUUAUACAAUUGGAUCAUUAGAUAUUAAUUCUAUUGCUGUUGAAAAUACAAUAUUAAAAUGGAAUUCAAAUUUUCUUGUAUUUACUUGUGUUGAUUAGUCUCUAAUAUCUAACUUAAUUUUAAAUAACUCAAUUCUAGAUUUUGGUUCAAGUUUUUAUUCUUCAAAUAUUAUAAAUCUUCAAAAUAUUAUUAUCAAUAAUACAAGUAUUAUGAAUAGUAGUUUAAUAACUAAUAAAGUAGAUUAUACAAAGUCUAAUUAUGCAUUAUUAUCAUCCUCAAAUAUAUUUCUGAAGAAUUUAUAAAUUCUUAAUGUUUAAUAUGAAAUUUAAUAGUAAAUUUUAGUAAUCAUUUAAUAUGAUGAAAUAAGUAGUUUAAAAUUUUCAUUAAUAGAAUUCAUAUUACAAAAUUGUUAAAUAACCUCUAAAAUUUAAACUUAGUAAAUUUCUUACGAAAAUUCAAUGAUUUAUAUUGAAUGUUAAAUUUGUUUUUUGGAAAAUAUUAAAAUUGUAAGAGGGUAUGGAUUACCAGAAAUAACUUUAAUGAAUUCAGAAAAAUUGGAUAUUAAAAAUUUAGUUAUAUCAUAAAAUUCAUAAUUUUUACCAAAAACUCUACAUUCUUCUUUUGAAUGUGUAAAUUAAUUUGCUAUUUUAAAUAUGCACUUUUUCAUAUAUAUAGGAUAAUAUAAGGAUGUACUUAUUGAUUAAGUAAGUGUUUAAAAUUGCUUAAGCUUUAAUAGUCCAUUCAUUAUAUUCUAAGGAUAUGAUAUUAUGUAAAAGUUACUUACUGAAACAAUUAUAAUUUAAAAUGUCAAUUUUAUUGAGAAUAUUCUCAUUAUUUAUGAUUCAAAUCAGCAUACAUCUUUGAUUUCAAUAGAGUCUGAAUAAAAAUCUAAUAUCAUUUUAUCUCUUGCAUAUUUUGCCUACAAUCAUUUAAAUGAAUAUAUAUAGGAUUUAACUAGAGUUUCAGCUACAACAAUAUUCAUUACAUUAUAAUAAGGUACAGUUUUAUUGGAUUAAUGUUAAUUUUACUAAAAUAUUGUUACUAAUUCUAGUGAUGCAAUUCUCUAUAUUAAAUCAUCUACUUUGUAAUUAUAAAAUUCUUAAUUUUAAAAUAAUGGUUUGAUUAAUCUAUCUAAAAUUAGUAAGCAUAUACUAUUUUCACCAUCUUAAGAUUAAAAUAAGAUGGAUUAUUCUUCCAUAUUUUAAAUUAAAUCUAAUGGAGGAAAUGGAUUAUUUAUUAUCCAAACCUUAAAUGUAAAUAAUAUUACUAUUAAUACAUCCUACUCAUAUAAUGGUGGAGGAUUUUUUAUAGCUACUCAAGGAGUAAGUACAAUAAUAAUAGCUAAUUCAUUUUUUUACAAUACAAUGUCUUCUUUAGAUGACUCAGUUUAUGCAAUAGGUGGAUGUUUAUUUAUUGAUGCAUCUUCUUCACAAAUCACUUUUAAAUUACAUGACACUAUAAUAGAUACAUCAUAUAGUCGUCAUGAUGGAGGAGUUAUUUAUAUUACUCCAUCACUCAGUUAUAAUUAUAUAGACAUUUAUAAUUUAAUUGUAAGAGAAUGUUUUUCAUUUUAAAAUACAUUUUUCUCAUAUACUCUUUCUAAGAUAGAAACUAUUUAAUCAAAUGUUAUUUUUAAGAAUAUAUAAUUUUAUACAACUGAAGAUGGUUUUUAAAGAUACUUUUCUUUAAUUUAAGAUUUAUCUGAAGAUGAUGCUUCAAAUAUUGCUCAUUCUAAUCCAAUGAUAUUUAUAUAAUAUGGAAACAUUAGUAUAAUUAAUUGUAGCUUUCUUUCUACUUUUAUGUAAUUCCUAAUUAAGAUUGAAUAAGCUGAAAAUAUUAUUUUUUCUAAUGUAAAAGUAAUUAAUAGUACUGUUUUAUAGUCACCUAUAUUCAAAAUAAAUUUAAGAACAUGUAAUAAAUCAAUUAUAUUAUUUAGAAUUUCGUGGAUAGUUAUAAAUUUCUAAUUUAUAAUUAACUAAUGUUAUUCAAUAAACAAAGAACUAUUCUAAUUAUUGCACUUAAUUAAAUAGUACUUUUCAUUUUGAAUUGCAAUGUCCUUCUUAUUUACAUUAAAUUCCUUUAAAAUUAUAUGAAAUAGAUUAAACAAAAUAAAAAUAAAUGCAAUUAAAUUGUAAUUAACUCUUAAUAUACUCAAAUAAAUAAUUUAAUUACAGUUUAAUUGAAAUAGAUAAUUUUAAUAUAACUCAUUAAUUAAAAGUUGAAAAAAUGGAGUUAUCAAAUAUUGUAUGUGAAAACUGUUAAUUUGGAAUAUUUAGAAUUCUUGAUAUUUAUUAAUAGGAUAAAUAAACAAUGAAGUUAUCUUAAAUUACUAUUAAAAAUAGUAGAUGUGGAAAUACAGGUUGUCUCUCCAUUAUAAAAAGUUUUAAUGAUUAAAUCUUUAAAAUGAAUUUAUUGGGAUUGACUAGAACACUUUAAUAACAUGAUUAUGAUAACCUACGUUUUAAAUUAAACCAGUAAAUUAAUAUUGAAGAUAGUUUAUUUUUAAAUAACACUUCAUUUUAUGGAGGAUCUAUAUUAAUAGUAGAACUUGGUACAUUAAUUAAGAAAUGCAUUUUUGAGAACAAUUCAGCUUAAAUAGGAGGAGCUAUUUAUUAUUAUUCAUCAGAAAGUUAAAUUUUUCUUCUAGAUUCUUAAAUUAUAUAAAAUUCCGCUAAAGUAGCUGGAGGAGUGUUCUUAAAUUAAUAAUCUUUGUAAUUAACAAAGGAAUUAGAUUUUCAAUUAUUAAACAAUAAUUCCACUAUGUAUGGUUAAGAUGUACUUGAGAAUCCUCGGUCAUUAACUCUUUCUAUAGAUGGAGGAGAAACACUAUUAUAAAAAUCAUUAGUUUAAGCGACCGAGAACAAUAUUAUAGAAUAAAUUAUCAUUAAACCUUAUAAAGUUUUAGGUUAUUCAUAAAAAAUGAUAUAUUUAACAUUACCAUCUGGUAGGAAAAUAGGAGAAUAUAAAUAUUUUGAUUAAUAUACAUCUACUAUAAUUCCAUAUAAUCUGACUCUUAGGAUAAUUGCUUUAGAUAAGUUUAAUAAAUAAAAUAAAGGAUUAUCGAAUUCAUAUUGUAUUAUAAAUCCUAUUGCCUUUAAUAUAUCUUCUCAAACUGAAGAACCUAAUAUUAAUUACAGUCUUUCUUAUUAAAAUGUUACUUUUAACGAAACUUCUGGUGAUUACAAUUUAGAUGAUUUAGUUAUAUAUUUUAAACCAAAUUUAACUAAUAAUCUUGUUCUUAGAUUAUCUAUCGAAUGCAAUUAAAUAAUUAUCCCUUUAUAUAAUGAGGAACCUCCAUUUCAAAUUACUAAAAAUAUAACAAAUUAUAAAUUAAUAAUUGAUAUAAAAACAUUAUAAUGUUAAUUAGGUGAAUAUUAAAAUGAAACAACAGGUGGUUGUAUAUUAUGUGAUACAAUAUAAAAUUAAUAUUAAGUAAAAUGGAGUGCAUAAAAUUGUAAUUAUAAAGAUGAUUAAACUAUGAAAUCUAUAGAAUCUUCUAUGAUUGAAUUAAGAUCUGGUUAUUGGAGAGCAUAUUAUUAUUCUUAAACAAUAGAAUAUUGUUAUCAUUUAAUAUAAAAUUGUUAAGGAGGAUGGAAACCAGGUGAUUAAUCAUGUAUAUAAGGACAUAUAGGUGCAUUAUGUGAAUAAUGUGAUUUAUAUAAUAUAAUUGGUUAAGGUUCAUAUUCUGUAAGUUCUAAAUAUUCAUGUGGAAAUUGUGAUUAAAUAAUAGGCAAUGUGUUAACAAUCUUUUUUAUAAGUGUCUGGACUCUUAUCUCUAUAUUAAUGUCAGUUAGCAGUACUGUUGAAAUGAUUGAAGAAUUUAUAGCAGGAUUAAGAUUAAAAGCCUUUGGGUUUACUGUGCUAAUUAAACCAGCUUCAACCGCUAUUUUUAUUAAAGUAUUCACAAAUUAUUUACAAAUCAUAUCUACUAUUGCAACAUUCUAACUUUAAGUACCUUCUGGAUUAGCCUCAAUUGUUAAUAGUGUAGGAAAUCCUAUUGAAUCUAUGGCUUAUUCAUUAGAUUGUUUUCUUAUUCAAAUUACAGACAUUGAAAUUAUUUACUUUAGAAUUAUUUGGAGUUUGCUCUUGGCCACUUCAUAUAUUAAAGCUUUUUUUAUAAUUCAGGGCAUUCAAAUAUUGACAAAAUCAAUAAAAUAUAAUACCGCUUUUGUUUCAACUGCCUUAAUUUAUGUUUUUAUUUAUUUACAACCUAAUUUGAUCGGUGGCUUAAUAUCUCUCAUUUCAUAUAGAAUCAUUUCUGAUGAAUAUUGGAUUUAGGGUAAUGUUUCUUAUAGAUAUGAUACAUAUUAACAUGCAAAAUGGUUAGUUUCAUUUUGUUUUCCUCUACUGUUAUUAUUUAGUAUUUUGAUUCCAUUAUAUUUUUGGUAUGGAGUAAGGAAAAACAGAGGUUAAUUAAAUAAGACAGCAGUUCGUUAAAAAUGGGGAUAUUUGUACAAUGAAUAUAAAAUACAUGCAUAUUAUUGGGAAACCAUUAAAAUUUUAUAAAAAGAACUAAUAAUUAUUGUACUUGCAUAUUAUGAUGAUCACAUUGCAAUAAAGGCUUCUCUUGUAUUUUUAGUAUUAUUUGGUUACAGUUUUGUAACAACAUCAUAAAAACCAUAUAUUAGUGGUGAAUUAAAUUANAAAUUAAUAAUUGAUAUAAAAACAUUAUAAUGUUAAUUAGGUGAAUAUUAAAAUGAAACAACAGGUGGUUGUAUAUUAUGUGAUACAAUAUAAAAUUAAUAUUAAGUAAAAUGGAGUGCAUAAAAUUGUAAUUAUAAAGAUGAUUAAACUAUGAAAUCUAUAGAAUCUUCUAUGAUUGAAUUAAGAUCUGGUUAUUGGAGAGCAUAUUAUUAUUCUUAAACAAUAGAAUAUUGUUAUCAUUUAAUAUAAAAUUGUUAAGGAGGAUGGAAACCAGGUGAUUAAUCAUGUAUAUAAGGACAUAUAGGUGCAUUAUGUGAAUAAUGUGAUUUAUAUAAUAUAAUUGGUUAAGGUUCAUAUUCUGUAAGUUCUAAAUAUUCAUGUGGAAAUUGUGAUUAAAUUGCAUUUAAUAUCAUUACUAUUUUAUUAAUAAGUUUAUGGACUCUUAUUUCAACUUUGAUGUCUGUUAGUAGUACUGUUGAAAUGAUUGAUGAAUUUGUUAUUGGACUCAGAUUAAAAGCUUUUGGAGUAACUGUUGCCAUUAAAGAAGCUUCAACAGCUAUACUUAUAAAAGUGUUUACUAAUUAUUUAUAAAUUGUAUCUACAAUUUCUACUUUCCAACUUUAAGUUCCUAUCGGAUUGGCCUCAGUUGUUAAUAGUGUUGGCAAUCCUAUUGAAUCAAUGGCUUAUUCAUUAGAUUGUUUCCUAGUAUCUAUUACUGACAUAUCAAUCAUAUAUUUCAGAAUAAUUUGGGGCCUAAUUAUGGCUGCUAUGUACAUUACAAUAUUUUUUGGGUUAGGUGGUGUUACUAUUUUAAUUAAACGUGCCAAGAUAGAUUUUUCUUACAUUUCUACUUCACUCAUAUACUUAUUCAUUUAUUUGUAACCAAACAUCAUAGGAGGACUUAUUUCAUUAUUAUCAUAUAGAAAGAUUUCUGAUGAAUAUUGGAUCUAAGGUAAUGUAGCAUAUAGAUAUGAUACAAUAUCACAUGCCAAAUGGGUGAUUGGUUUUUGUUUUCCUCUUUUGAUUAUCUUUUGUUGUAUCCUUCCCUUUCUCUUAUGGUUUGGAGUACAUAAAAAUAAACAUUAAUUAGAUUUAACAAAAGUAAGAAGAACUUGGGGAUAUUUGUACAAUGAAUAUAAAUCAAAUGCUUAUUAUUGGGAAACAAUAAAAAUUUUAUAAAAAGAGGUAAUAAUUAUUGUACUUGCAUAUUAUGAUGAUCACAUUGCAAUAAAGGCUUCUCUUGUAUUUCUUGUAUUAUUUGGAUAUAGCUAUAUGACAAUAUCAAAUAAACCUUAUAUGACUGGAUAAUUAAAUCAUCUAGACACUCAUUCUAUUGUAGUUUGUGCUGUUUCAAUCAUUUUGGGUAGUUCAAUAUAUACUGCUUAAUAAUAAAAUUUAUAAGAGAUAGUUUGGCCCUUUUAUAUUAUAAUUGGUAUUUUAAAUGGUUUGUAUAUUACUAAAAUGCUAUUAUAGAUUUUAUUUGCAUAUUUUAAAAAGCUAAAUGAUAAAAUUGAUAUUCUUAAAGGCUUUAUUACUAAGAAUUUUCCAAAAUUUGCCAAUUAACAUCCAUAUCUAAAGUAGAUCUUUGAAAGCCGUAAGACAUAAUAAAUAAGAAUCAAAGGAAGAUAUGCAAAAAUUCGAGAAUAUCUUUUCCCUUAAGCUAGAAAGAUAAUAGAGUUUAAAAAGUAUUAUUAUAUAUUUUUCUUUAAGGUAGAAUAACUUUGAAUUGCCCUGUAUGAUUGAUACUUAAAAAUCAUAAGAUAAAUAGAAUGAAAAUUAAGAAUUUGGUUAUGGAGAUAUAUAAAGUUUGAAUAGUCCCAAAUAAAGUGAAAUAAUUACUGAAAGACAAAAUUUAAAAACAUUAAUGAAGUAUCCAAAUAAUAUCUUGAAUGAGAGAUCAUCUGUCUUUUCAUUUCCAAGACCAACUGGAAAUAGAAUACAUCCAGAAUCAGAUUUUGAAUUAGAGAGUGCAAGAUAAAGUGCUGAUAGAUAGAUUAUUUGA